CGAAAAACCAAUUGUAGCUUCAGCUGUCACACUUUACCUACGAUCCAAAUUGUAUUUGUUGUUCACCUUUGGAAGUUAGAUGUAUCGCAUCCACCUGUGAAUCGCUAACGAUUUUUUUCUAUCUAUUGCUACCUCCAUGUGUGUUUAGUUUAGUUUUCUAGUAGUCUAGUCCAAUAUUUUCUGAUUUAAAAAAAAAAAAACGUCAUUUCUACCACGUAGGUACAUUGCUCGUAAAUCGACCCAACUACUUAGGCUAGUACUAGCCGAUCAAACACACAAAGGCGUUGUUAAUCAGUUUGAGUCAGUUUCGUUCGACAAAACAAGCAAUUUACAAUUGAAGUAGACCAACAAAGUUUGGAAAUUUUACCAAAGUAAAUCCGAGUAGUUCGUUCUCAAAGUAAUCGUGUGCCAUUUUUUUCAUACAUCCUUCUUCAGAAUUAUUUGAUUUGGAAACGGUGUGACGAAACCGAUUGAUGUAUUAGUGCCGCAAACAUAAAAACAAACGAAAUAAGAAGGAGCCAAUAAUAAUUUAUGUGCACUUUGAGUAUGGAAAACGGUGUUUUGCUGGUGGUGCCGGACGAAAAUUACGGAAAAUCUCAACACAUUCGAAAAUUCAUCUAAAAAUAAACCGUGCGGAGUUUCUGAUAAAGCAAACGACAAGAGCGAAACGAAAAAAAAAAUUACACGAAACUGUAACGAAGACGAAUUAUUGUCGAAAUUGAUGCAAAUGUAAACCGGUGGUUUACACAACAAACAAACACUCUCGUCCCAACAACACACUCACACACCACUCGCUCUAUAUGGGUUAAACAACGUUCCGUUUUGAACUCGUUUCGACUGUGCCGAUUAGCAGAGCGACGACCAUCCAAAUUGUACACUUAGAUUUUACCAGAAAAAUCAUGAUGAUGAACAACAGCAAUGAAUUUUCAUCGAGAUAUGGAUAUGGGGAUUUGGACUUGGAAAAUGGAUACUAUGGCAGCUGUGAUCACGAUCAUUUUGGACCAUCAUCAAGCUUGGGAUUUAUUGGGCAAAGGGCAUUCGUAAGACAUCGUUUGAAUGCUGUUGACGAUCGAACACCUUUGUUGAAUGGAUCGAAUCGUUUGCGACCAAAUUGCAUAGAUGCAAGAGUUUUCUCACUUGGUGUACUGUUCAUCGGAGGGAUCACCGUGGGUGGAUACAUGUUAUAUCAGCAAGACCGUCCAUGGCCGAUGACAACGGCUGGUAUGUGGCUAGAUUUUGUCAAUCGGGAGGAUUGGGGAGCCGCUAAUUUUCCCAUUGGCCGUCGUUUAUCUAGCAAUAAUGUGGUCCACGUACUGUUGCAUCAUACUGCUACUGAAAAUUGCUUCGAUUUAUCAACAUGCAAAAUGUUUGUGUACAAUUAUCAGAAAUGGUGGAAGCAAACGGAAAAUUGCGAUAUCCCAUUUAAUUACUUGGUCGGCGGUGAUGGGAGAGCAUAUGAAGCCAGAGGAUGGUCCGUUGAAAGUGAUUACUCGCCUAUUCAUAGCAAUAGUAGUCUGUCGAUUGCUUUUAUUGGUAAUUUUACAAAAACCAUGCCAUCGGUAAAACAACUUGAUGCAGCGCGAGCAUUGAUUUUGGAGCUGAAAUUUCAACAGAAAAUAGCCAAGAACUAUCACAUAACAGGCAUUAGCUACCAUAAAAGAGCACACCAUGAUGCCGCCGCACUAUUUCAAGAAACAUCCAAUUGGCAGUGUUGGGACGAAGUGUAUACUGUUUCACAUUCAUGACAAAAUGAAAUUUACGUUUUAAACAAAUGUUCAUUGAUUUAUUCCGUAUAGAUUUCUUUUUUUUCUACAUAAAUGGACAAAUAAAGAGACAAAAACGAA